UUUUCUAUUGUCAAAACAAAACUACUGGGAAUGUCAAAAUAUAAAAUGUAAAUUAAAAUCCGGCUAGCGAAACCCCGACUCUUAUAUGCUCUUUGAUUAAAAUCAAAUCAAACAGAAACAGAACAGAUAAGUUUCGGAUUAUUUCUUCUGAUUCAGUUUUUAUCUUUUUAUGAAUCAGUAGCGAUUCCGUGGUUUCUUAUUCGACGCUUUGGUAAAUUUUAUGCAUUUAUUCAAAUGGUAGAUUUGAUGUUUUUGUUAUGUGAUGAAUAAAUACCGAGCGAUUGGUUUAGAACUGAUAUUGUGUUACAGUCAGUCGUAACAUUCUCAAGAUUAUCGUUUCGACGGCUCCCUACUAAGCAUAUAAAAAUGAUUAAACGUAUUUAUUCAUCAGCUGCUAAUAUGUUUCCUCGUGUUUGCGUCGUAGGCUCUGGUCCAGCAGGCUUUUAUGCGGCGAUGCAUUUAAGCAAACAUUUAACUAAUAUCAAUAUUGAUAUCUUUGAAAAGUUACCGGUUCCCUUCGGAUUAGUACGUUUUGGAGUUGCACCAGAUCAUCCUGAAGUAAAAAAUGUGAUCAAUCAAUUUACAAAAGUAGCAAACAAGCCAAAUGUAAACUUUUACGGAAAUAUUACCUUAGGUAAAGACAUAAGUUUGUUACAACUGAGACAACAUUAUGAUGCUGUACUUUUGACAUAUGGUGCUGAAGAAGACAAGACAUUGGGUAUUGAUAAUGAAGAUGCAAAUAAUAUAGUGGCUGCUAGGAAUUUUGUUGGCUGGUACAAUGGCCAUCCGAGAGACACAGAUUUGAAGGUAGAUCUAUCAGUAUCGACGGCUGCAAUUCUCGGCCAAGGUAACGUUGCAUUGGAUGUGGCGAGAAUACUGAUGACACCUGUAGAUGUUUUGCGUAAAACAGAUAUAACAGAACAUGCUCUCACCGCGUUGGCAGAGUCUAAAGUAAAUGAGUUAUACUUGGUCGGUAGAAGAGGACCAUUGCAGGUGGCUUUCACGAUCAAAGAACUAAGGGAACAGAUAAAACUCCCCAAUUGUGUAACUGUUUGGAGAAUAGAGGACUUUGCUGGAGUCGAGGAUGCCGUUGCAACGCUUAAUCGUCCAAGAAAAAGAUUGACAGAACUAAUGUUAAAAUCUGUGAAUGAAACUAGUAAAUGUAGGGAAGCGAAGGAUAAAUAUUUUAAGCCGAUAUUUUUUAGAAGUCCUAGUAAAUUUUUGAAGAACAAUUCGAAUAACGUAAGUGGCAUAGAAUUGAUUUGCAACAAGGUUGUUGGUGACAAUUUGGAACAUCAAAAAUGUGUUGCUACGGACGUAAAAGAAGUUAUAGAGUGUGGUUUAGUGUUUAGAAGUAUAGGUUAUAAAAGUGUUAAGGUUGAUAAGGAUAUAGUGUUUGAUUCUAACGCAUUUGUUGCCAAUGAUAAAGGACGUGUGAUUGAAAAUAAUGCGCCACAGGAUUUGGCUAGGCUUUAUGUAUCUGGAUGGCUAGGGACGGGUCCGGUAGGAGUUAUAUUACAUACAAUGAGCAAUGCAUUCCUAGUAGCUAAAGCGAUCUGUGAAGAUUUUAAAGACUUUAAAAAUCCACCUAAAGGUGGAUUUGAAGAGGUUAAAAAAAUCUUGUCAAAUCAUCAAAUAGUAGAUUGGGAAGGUUGGGAAAAAAUUGACAAAUACGAAAUUGCGCAAGGUAAAAAGGUUGGUAAGCCGAGAGAAAAAGUGUGCAAUAUUAGAAAGAUGUUAGAAAUAGCAUCAUGACAUAUUUUAUUGUGGUAUAGAACAAUACACUAAGAUAUCGUGUAUAGUUUGUCUAAGUAAAAUAGAUUAGUUUGAUAAAUGACGUAUAUGAAGUAUCGAAUUCAAUUUCUAUGAAGUCAAAUGCCAUACUUAAUAGACAGGUGUCGUAGUGACGAACUUACACACAUAGCGAACAAUUUGGGACUAUCGAUAUUCGGUUUAAAUAAUUAUCGAUCCAUCGAAUCCAAUUCGAUUACGUACG